ACGUCCCCGGGAAUGGGGACUUUUCUCCAGAGACUGGAGGACCCCCUCCCCAAGCAGCGGCCCUUUCCAAGGGGUGCCUGCAUUGCUGGGAUUAAAGGCCUGCCAGGGCAAGCGGAUUGGAUCUUGCGGCUGCGGAGAGGAGGCGGUUCGGAGAGGCCCCUGCCGCGCAGGGCUGGUACUGGCCUCACCCUGGGGACGCACAGCGCGACACCGUGCUCGGCUCUGCGGGACACCCUGUCGCACUCAGGCUGGCGGGGCCUUUGCCAGGGAAGCCAUGCCAGCACCCUUGUGGUCUGAGAAGGCAGCAGAGGCUUCCCCAGGCUCGUGAAGCCGGCUUCUACUGGUCCCGCUGGGCUCCUGCUUUCUAGAAUUAUCUGUGUUGCCCCCUCUCCUUGUGGAUUCCACCCCAUGUGUUUCCCUGCAUACUGGGACUCCCACUACUGCAAAGAGUGACCCACGAAGGCCACAGCGAUGGCCGGGGCUUCGGUGAAGGUGGCGGUGCGGGUCCGCCCCUUCAAUUCCCGGGAAAUGAGCCGCGACUCCAAGUGCAUCAUUCAGAUGUCUGGAAGCACCACCACCAUCGUUAAUCCCAAACAGCCCAAGGAGACGCCCAAAAGCUUCAGCUUUGACUACUCCUACUGGUCGCACACCUCGCCCGAGGACAUCAACUAUGCAUCGCAGAAGCAGGUGUACCGGGACAUUGGCGAGGAGAUGCUGCAGCACGCCUUUGAGGGAUACAACGUGUGCAUCUUCGCCUACGGGCAGACGGGUGCCGGCAAGUCCUACACCAUGAUGGGCAAGCAGGAGAAAGACCAGCAGGGCAUCAUCCCGCAGCUCUGCGAGGACCUCUUCUCUCGGAUCAACGAUACGACCAACGACAACAUGUCCUACUCGGUGGAGGUCAGCUACAUGGAGAUUUACUGUGAGCGUGUCCGUGACCUCCUGAACCCCAAGAACAAGGGCAACCUUCGCGUGAGGGAGCACCCACUGCUGGGGCCCUAUGUUGAGGACCUCUCCAAGCUGGCUGUCACCUCCUACAAUGACAUCCAGGACCUCAUGGACUCAGGGAACAAGGCCAGGACCGUGGCGGCCACCAACAUGAAUGAGACCAGCAGCCGCUCCCACGCUGUCUUCAACAUCAUUUUCACCCAGAAGCGCCAUGAUGCAGAGACCAACAUCACCACGGAGAAGGUGAGCAAAAUCAGCCUGGUGGACCUGGCUGGGAGUGAGCGGGCCGACUCCACGGGAGCCAAGGGCACACGCCUCAAGGAGGGCGCCAACAUCAACAAGUCGCUGACCACCCUGGGCAAGGUCAUCUCCGCCCUGGCUGAAAUGGACUCUGGACCCAACAAGAACAAGAAAAAGAAGAAGACAGAUUUCAUUCCGUACCGAGAUUCCGUGUUGACCUGGCUCCUCCGGGAAAACCUGGGCGGUAACUCAAGGACAGCUAUGGUGGCAGCCCUGAGUCCUGCAGACAUCAACUACGACGAGACCCUCAGCACGCUGAGGUAUGCUGACCGGGCCAAGCAGAUCCGCUGCAAUGCUGUCAUCAAUGAGGACCCGAACAACAAGCUGAUCCGUGAGCUGAAGGAUGAGGUGACCCGGCUGCGGGACCUGCUGUACGCCCAGGGUCUUGGCGACAUCACCGACACCAACACUGUGCCUGGAGGACCCAAAUUGACCAAUGCCCUGGUGGGUAUGAGCCCCUCAUCCUCGCUCUCAGCCCUGUCCAGCCGGGCAGCUUCCGUGUCCAGCCUCCACGAGCGCAUCUUGUUUGCCCCGGGCAGCGAGGAGGCCAUUGAAAGACUGAAGGAAACAGAGAAGAUCAUAGCUGAGCUCAACGAGACCUGGGAGGAGAAACUGCGGCGGACAGAAGCCAUCCGGAUGGAGAGGGAAGCCCUGCUGGCCGAGAUGGGUGUGGCCAUGAGGGAGGAUGGCGGCACCUUGGGCGUAUUCUCUCCCAAAAAGACACCACACCUCGUCAACCUGAACGAGGACCCGCUGAUGUCCGAGUGCCUCCUCUACUACAUCAAGGAUGGGAUCACCAGAGUGGGCAGGGAGGAUGGCGAGAGGCGGCAGGACAUUGUUCUGAGUGGGCAUUUCAUCAAGGAGGAGCACUGUGUCUUCCGGAGCGACUCCAGGGGAGGCAGUGAAGCUGUGGUGACCUUGGAGCCCUGUGAGGGGGCAGACACCUACGUCAAUGGCAAGAAAGUCACAGAGCCCAGCAUCCUGCGGUCAGGAAACCGCAUCAUCAUGGGUAAGAGCCACGUGUUCCGGUUCAACCACCCCGAGCAGGCCCGGCAGGAGCGUGAGCGCACGCCCUGUGCGGAGACGCCAGCUGAGCCUGUGGACUGGGCCUUUGCCCAGCGUGAGCUGCUGGAGAAGCAGGGCAUCGACAUGAAGCAGGAGAUGGAACAGAGGCUCCAGGAACUGGAGGACCAGUACCGCCGCGAGCGGGAGGAGGCCACUUACCUGCUGGAGCAGCAGCGGCUGGACUACGAGAGCAAGCUGGAGGCUCUGCAGAAGCAGAUGGACUCCAGGUACUACCCGGAGGUGAACGAGGAGGAGGAGGAGCCCGAGGAUGAAGUCCAGUGGACGGAGCGGGAGUGUGAGCUGGCACUCUGGGCCUUCCGGAAGUGGAAGUGGUACCAGUUUACGUCUCUGCGGGACCUGCUGUGGGGCAACGCCAUCUUCCUCAAGGAGGCCAAUGCCAUCAGCGUGGAGCUGAAAAAGAAGGUACAAUUCCAGUUUGUCCUCCUGACGGAUACACUCUACUCCCCUCUGCCACCCGACCUGCUGCCCCCAGAGGCCGCCAAAGACCGAGAGACGCGGCCCUUCCCCCGCACUAUUGUGGCCGUGGAGGUCCAGGACCAGAAGAACGGGGCCACCCACUACUGGACGCUGGAGAAGCUCAGGCAGCGCCUGGACCUGAUGCGGGAGAUGUACGACCGCGCUGCAGAGGUGCCCUCCAGUGUCAUCGAGGACUGUGACAACGUGGUGACCGGCGGAGACCCCUUCUAUGACCGCUUCCCCUGGUUCCGGCUGGUGGGCAGUUCAGCCAUCUCUGGCUGCAACAGCUACCCUCUUCUGAACACAUGCAUGAGCGAGCGCAUGGCUGCUCUCACCCCCUCCCCCACCUUCUCGAGCCCCGACUCCGACGCCACCGAGCCUGCCGAGGAGCAGAGCGUGGGGGAGGAGGAGGAGGAGGAGGAGGAGGAGGAGGAGGAGGAGGACCUGGAGGACGACGUCUUUCCGGAGCACGAGCUGUGCGACGGCCGGGACCCGUUUUACGACCGGCCCCCCCUGUUCAGUUUAGUAGGAAGGGCCUUCGUGUACCUGAGCAACCUGCUGUACCCCGUUCCCCUGGUGCACCGUGUGGCCAUCGUCAGCGAGAAGGGCGAGGUGAAGGGCUUCCUCCGUGUGGCCGUCCAGGCCAUCUCAGCCGAUGAAGAGGCCCCCGAUUAUGGCUCUGGCGUCCGCCAGUCGGGAACUGCUAAAAUCUCCUUUGACGACCAGCAUUUUGAAAAGUUCCAGUCUGAGUCUUGCCCCGUGGUGGGGAUGUCCCGCUCGGGAACCUCCCAGGAAGAGCUUCGCAUCGUGGAGGGCCAGGGCCAGGGCGCAGACGUGGGGCCCUCAGCCGACGAAGUCAACAACAACACCUGCUCAGCGGUGCCCCCAGAAGGCCUCCUCCUAGACAGCUCUGAGAAAGCCGCCCUGGACGGGCCCCUGGACACUGCCCUGGACCACCUCCGCCUGGGCAGUACCUUCACCUUCCGUGUGACAGUCCUGCAAGCGUCCAGCAUCUCUGCCGAAUAUGCUGACAUCUUCUGCCAGUUCAACUUCAUCCACCGCCACGAUGAGGCCUUCUCCACGGAGCCCCUGAAGAACACAGGCAGAGGCCCCCCACUCGGCUUCUACCAUGUCCAGAACAUCGCAGUGGAGGUGACCAAGUCCUUCAUUGAGUACAUCAAGAGCCAGCCCAUUGUGUUCGAGGUUUUCGGCCACUACCAGCAGCACCCGUUCCCGCCCCUCUGCAAGGAUGUGCUCAGCCCCCUGAGGCCCUCGCGCCGCCACUUCCCUCGGGUCAUGCCACUGUCCAAGCCAGUACCCGCCACCAAGCUCAGCACACUGACGCGGCCCUGUCCGGGGCCCUGCCACUGCAAGUACGACCUGCUGGUCUACUUCGAGAUCUGUGAGCUGGAGGCCAAUGGCGAUUACAUCCCAGCCGUGGUGGACCACCGUGGGGGCAUGCCAUGCAUGGGGACCUUCCUCCUCCACCAGGGCAUCCAGCGACGGAUAACAGUGACACUGCUGCACGAGACAGGCAGCCAUAUCCGCUGGAAGGAAGUGCGCGAGCUGGUCGUGGGCCGCAUCCGAAACACUCCAGAGACUGACGAGUCCCUGAUCGACCCCAACAUCUUGUCUCUCAAUAUCCUCUCUUCCGGAUACAUUCACCCAGCCCAAGAUGACCGGACCUUUUACCAAUUUGAGGCUGCGUGGGACAGCUCCAUGCACAACUCUCUCCUGCUGAACCGGGUCACCCCUUACCGAGAGAAAAUCUACAUGACGCUCUCUGCUUAUAUCGAGAUGGAGAACUGCACCCAGCCAGCCGUCAUCACCAAGGACUUCUGCAUGGUCUUCUAUUCCCGCGACGCCAAGCUGCCAGCCUCACGCUCCAUCCGCAACCUCUUUGGCAGUGGGAGCCUUCGGGCCUCGGAGAGUAACCGUGUGACCGGCGUGUACGAGCUCAGCCUGUGCCACGUGGCUGACGCAGGCAGCCCAGGUAUGCAGCGCCGGCGCCGGCGAGUCCUGGACACAUCCGUGGCCUACGUCCGGGGCGAGGAGAACCUGGCGGGCUGGAGGCCCCGGAGCGACAGUCUCAUUCUGGACCACCAGUGGGAGCUGGAGAAGCUGAGCCUCCUGCAGGAGGUGGAGAAGACCAGGCACUACCUGCUCCUGCGGGAGAAGCUGGAGACCACCCAGCGGCCUGUCCCGGAGGCACUGUCCCCAGCCUUCAGCGAGGACUCUGAGUCCCACGGCUCCUCCAGCGCCUCCUCUCCGCUCUCGACUGAGGGCCGCCCAUCACCUCUGGAGGCUCCCAACGAGAGACAGCGGGAGCUGGCUGUCAAGUGCUUGCGCCUGCUCACGCACACGUUCAACAGAGAGUACACACACAGCCACGUCUGCGUCAGUGCCAGCGAGAGCAAGCUCUCUGAGAUGUCUGUCACCCUGCUCCGGGACCCGUCGAUGUCCCCUCUAGGGGCAGCCACUCUCACCCCCUCCUCCACUUGCCCCUCUCUGGUUGAAGGGCGGUACGGUGCCACUGACCUGAGGACCCCACAGCCCUGCUCCCGGCCAGCCAGCCCAGAGCCUGAGCUGCUGCCAGAGACCGACUCCAAGAAGCUCCCUUCCCCUGCCCGGGCAACAGAGACGGACAAGGAGCCCCAGCGCCUGCUGGUCCCUGACAUCCAGGAGAUCCGAGUCAGCCCGAUCGUCUCCAAGAAGGGGUACCUGCACUUCCUGGAGCCGCACACGUCGGGCUGGGCCAGGCGCUUCGUGGUGGUGCGGCGCCCCUACGCCUACAUGUACAACAGCGACAAGGACACCGUGGAGCGGUUCGUGCUCAACCUGGCCACCGCCCAGGUGGAGUACAGCGAAGACCAGCAGGCUAUGCUCAAGACACCCAACACGUUCGCGGUGUGCACGGAGCACCGUGGCAUCCUGCUGCAGGCCGCCAGUGACAAGGACAUGCACGACUGGCUGUACGCCUUCAACCCCCUCCUGGCCGGAACCAUACGGUCCAAGCUCUCCAGAAGGAGGUCUGCCCAGAUGCGGGUCUGAACCCGAGCCCUCCCAUGACAGCCAGCAAGCCCAGCCCAUCCCCACCCUUGUCCUCGUCUGUCCUGUCACCUGCCACCCGGCCCCUCUCCUGCCAGACAGCCCACGACCGGGUCGACCCCCCUGGGGACACCCAUGCCAGGCCCGGGGACCUGUGCCACACGACCAGCUGUGCUCCCAGCAGAGGCCACGCGUGUCGGUUCUUCUUGCGUAAUGUGCUCUGGUGGAACAAGCUGGGAGGGGCUGGGGGGGCCAAGGGCACAGGUCACGGGGUUCUUGCUGCCGUUCUAAUAUUUUUUUAAGCAUAGACAGACUUAUAAUUAAUAUACGUUAGUUAGUGACAUUGAAACGGUCAACUCGGAAAUUAACUAUAAGACUUGUUCUA